UGAACACGUGCAGCUUUGUAAACAAACAACAACCUGUUCAAGGAGAAGGUAUAUAAGGCAAAAUAUUGUUACAAAGCAGUGAAGAUCAGGAAAGAAUGAGGACAAAAUUAGCGUGAUAACCGAUACGACGAAAAUACUUACACGGGUUUUAUAAAGAGUUUAAACAUUUGCGUCGUCUGCUACACACACCUGGAAUUAAGCAGACGACAGUUUCAGUGAUGGCUUGGACUGGCAGGUUUUCAGAUUUUGACGAUGUUUCUCAAAAUGUACAAUCUUCUGAUCGCAGAGCAAAAUAUCCAAGAAAUGAUAUUUUGAAGAACGCAACUGUGACCAGGCUUGAGGAUUUGCAUCCUGGAAUAACGAAUCCUACGGUUGCGGGGUUGAUUUUGACGAAGGACAGUCCAAAAAGCAUACAAAGCAAGAAAAAUCCAGGCACUGAGAGGUACUUAUUGAGUUUUGUGCUCAGAGAUGCACCGUCCUGUUUUGUAAAUGUCACAUGCUGGGGGACCGAACUUGGAAUCAAAGACAUCGCAGCAAAGUUUGCCAUUUCAGACACAGUUCAACUCACCAAUGUACAAGUUCAGCCCAAAUCUUACGACGGCUAUGACGACAAGUUCAAACCUUCAACGCCGAUGUCGUUCAACAUUACAUUUAGUGAAAAUCAUUCAAACAUUGAUCAUUAUCUGGGGCCAGAAGCUGACUUUUUCCGUGGAUUACAAAAUGUACCAAUCAAAGCCAAUAAUGACUAUUAUAUCCUGGAGGAUGUAAUUGCACAUGGUCAAAGUCUAAGUGGCGAACACAUCAAUCUUCUUACUGUUGUCAAAAAGAUAGGACCAGUGAAGGACAUCACUACCAAAACAGGAAAAAAGACGAGGAGAUGCGAACUGAAACUGAUGGAUGAAACAUGCCCUUCGUUUGCCUUGAUUUUGUGGGACUCUGAUAUAAUAGAUAUUGCACAAAGUUGGGUAGCGCUUGAUACAGUGCUGUUCAUCGCUGAUGUUCGAGUUUCUUUUGACGACUUUCGGUCGACUAUGGUAUCUACUGCAGACUCCAAGACAAUAUUUACCGUCAAUCCAGAUACACUUGAGGCCCACAGUUUGUACCAGUUUGCACACUCCCAAACUUUUGACGAUGAAGAUGGAACAGGGCAAUCGGAUCCUCCAUUGGAAAGCAUCACGGACGUCUACACGGUGUCACAAUUAAUUAAUAUGAAGAAUGAACGGACAGACCAAUGGAAGCCUACAGUAUAUGGAAUACUAUUUGCGUACAUAUCACAGUUUGAUGUUGAUGGGGAUACCAGCCGAGUCCUGAGAUACAGAUGUAAAAAAUGUAGACAAACAGUAACAGAAAAUGCCGGAUACACCUGCAGCAAUCAGGAAUGCAGUAAUGGUAUCUUGAAUGCGUUCUCGUCAACUAUUGACGACACCCAUCCCUCAGUGGAAUAUUCAGUGUCGGUUUCUGUGUCGGAUCACACGGGUACCAUUGACUACUGUCAUCUGGACGGUGAGGUUGCACAAGGACUUCUUGGAAUUAAGGCAGAAGAGUUUGCUCAAAUUCCAUUUCAAAGAAAGACCGAAGUGAAAUGGAGCCACCUUUUAGAAAGACGCAAAAUGCACUUCAAAAUGAGUUGUUCAGUUGGCGAUACAGGCAAGGUUUUCUUGAGAGCUCUUUCAUGCCAUUCAGUUGAUGCAAAAGAAUUUCAGUACAUGGCACAGUAGUCACCCGGAGACAACAACAAUCUAGGAGUCGGUGAUACGAGUUAUAUUUAUGAAUUAAACAGUCGAUAAAAACUCCUUGUAUUUAUUUUUAUAUACAUGUAACUAAUCAUCACAACAGCAAAUCAUUUAUUUAUAGUCCUUUCCAUUAACUAGAAAUCGAUCGCGAAAACUAGCUGCUUAUUAACGGCAACCCACAGUAUGAUUGCUGCUCAUCGGCAGAUCAGUCACAAAGUUGCUUUGAAGACUAGCUCUGAAAAUUUAUUAACACGUUAAAUUGAUGUAUUUCAGAGUAACAAUACUACCAUAGAGCAGAACAAUAUGCGCCUAUGGAAUGCCAUAUAUUGUUUUAUUACAUGCGUUUGAUUUUCCUUAACUAUCACAUAAGCUAUAUUUUGA